UGGCAUAUUUUUGAUACUCCACAAAACUUGUUAAUUUAUAAACCAACCUUCUUUAUCUCUGUUAUAAACCACAGAAACUGUGUUCCAAACAAUGGCAUCUUCUUUAGAAAAUUUGGAAACACAACUCGAAAUGUUUAUUGAAAAUGUCCGACAAAUACAUAUUAUAGUAAGUGAUUUCCAACCACAAAGCCAGAAUGUAUUAAACCAAAAAUUGCAAGCAUUAGUCCAUGGUUUACAAGAAGUUGAUAAACUAAAAUCACAAGUACAGGACGUGGCUGUACCACUUGAAGUUUUUGAUUAUAUUGACCAAGGAAGAAACCCACAGCUAUACACAAAAGACUGCAUUGAGAAAGCUUUGGCGAAAAAUGAACAGGUCAAAGGAAAAAUUGAUGCUUACAGGAAAUUUAAGGCAAACAUGUUGGUUGAACUAAAUAGAACUUUCCCAGCUGAACUAAAUAAGUACAGGGCUCUUCGAGGGGAUGAAUAAAAUUUUAGGUUGUAAGAUGUGUAUGAUUGUUUAUUUUAUAAGGGUAUAGUUAUAUAAGUUUGUUGUAAUUUUAAGUAUAUCUGAAUAUUUGAAAGUAAUUUGUUUUUGUUUAGAACCUUUAGUAACUUUUUGAAUGUUUCCAUAAUUUUCGUUAAUUCUUUAAUUUAAAUUUCUCUAAAUUUUAAUAGAACAAAAAAAUUAACCAUAGAAAUAACUGGACAUGCAGAAUAUAUAGACAGGAUAGUCGACUUCCUAUACUCGACCAGGUACAAAAACGUGUAUAGAUUCCGAGCGGUAGGCGUGGUUUAUUUUUUGACUGACCAAUCAAAUACCGUUUAAUUUUAUGUUUGUGGUAAAAAGAACACCUCUAUUGGAAAGAAAAGAGACGAGAAAGGACCGCCCACCACUAGGAAUCUAUACGGCCAACGAAGUUGACUAUCCUGACAUAUGGUACAUUUUAUGUCUUUAGACAAAAUGAUUGUGUUGAAAAACUGAACCGAAUUGUUAACAGUUUCAUGUAUAAUUUAAUCAUAAAUAAGAUGAUUCUAAAUAAAAGACUGGAUAUUUGUUUAUUUAGGUACUAAAUAAAAUAAAUAG